CAGCGCUCCAUAACCCGGUAAAGACCCUGGGGGACGGAGGAGUAAAGACUGUACGACGACGGAUAGUUUGCUGACAAAAUAACCCCGGAACGCCGGCGAUGCUGAAACCCAAGCUGUGUAUACGCCUUUAUCCAACCAAUCUAAUCUACACAUACAGAAAUUUAACCCAGUCUCACUACGACCCACCUUUCUCUCCCAUCUCUAAACCCCUCCAAACUCAAACCCCUUCAAAGCCCAAAUCCAAGAAACCUAAAACCCCAAAAGCCCCUCAAAAAACCCAAAUUUCCGACCCUUUCCCGCUGAAAUCAGACCUGCCCUUUGAUUUCAAGUACUCAUAUUCCGAGACCAACAGCUCUGUUAAGCCCAUUGCGUUUCGAGAAACCCCAAAGUUUUCGCCUUUUGGGCCGGGACGGCUUGACCGGAAAUGGACCGGGACUUGUGCUCCGGUUGAUGGGGAGGUAGAGAAGUUGACGGAGGAGGCGGCGAGGAAGAGGAAGGAGGUUCUUGGAGAGGAUUUGAGUGAGGAUGAAGUGUCUGAGCUUGUCGAACGGUAUUGGCAUAGUGAUUGUUCUAGGCAGAUUAAUUUGGGGAAGGGAGGAGUAACUCACAACAUGCUAGAUGAUAUCCACAGCCACUGGAAGAGAGCUGAAGCUGUGAGAAUUAAGUGUUUAGGAGUGCCAACACUUGAUAUGAGUGCUAUUUGCUUCCAUCUUGAGGACAAAUCUGGAGGAAAGAUUAUAUACCGCAACAUUAAUAUUCUUCUUCUGUAUCGCGGUCGACAUUAUGACCCAAAUAAUAGACCAACAAUUCCUUUGAUGUUGUGGAAGCCACGUGAACCGAUAUUUCCCAAGCUUGUGAAGAAUGUUGCUGAUGGCAUGACAUUUGACGAAACAAAGGAAAUGAGAAACAGAGGACUAAAUUCUUCUCCACUAAUGAAACUUACCAGGAAUGGUGUCUAUGUAAACGUAGUGGAGAGAGUGAGAGAGGCCUUUAAUGCUGAAGAAGUUGUAAGGUUGGAUUGUACUCAUGUUGGUACCAGUGACUGCAAAAAGAUAGGCGUGAAAUUAAGGGAUUUAGUACCUUGUGUCCCUAUCUUGUUCAAGGAUGAGCAGAUCAUACUAUGGAGGGGAAAUGAUGGUCAAAAGUAAAUUUUGAUUUUGUCCAUCGACGUGGGAAAGUUCAGGAAAAGAUAAUUCUUCUUAUCUUUUAUUGGAGAAUCUUGCAGAUUUUGUGGUAAAAAGAAAAAGGAAAACUGUAACAAUGAUAGUGGAGAGGCGUGCCUUGUUCUGCCGUG